AUGUCGAUGAGCAGACGAUCAACAUCAAUACCCCUCCCACCCUCUUCUCUCAGCUUCGAUGGUACCGUGAUCAGAGAGGAAACCGAUGUUAAGCUUCUCGGUGUGACCUUCGACCGCAAACUGCUGUUCCGCAACCAUCUCCACCAGGUUGCAGCCAGAUCCAGCCAGCGCCUUGGCUUCUUCAGGAAGGUGUGCCCAGUACUCGACCGCAACGGCUGCCUCAGCGUAUACAAAGGCUUCAUCCGCCCAACCAUGGAAUAUACUCCCCUAGUCUGGCAAGGCGCAGCCCGGUCCAACCUGGCGAAGCUUGACCACAUUCAGGAACGGUGUAUGCGCAGCAUUGGCGCUGGGGCCAUGUUCCCAAGCUUAUCAGUGCGUCGGCAAGUGUCGGGACUGUGCUACCUUUUCAAGCUGCACUACAUUUCCGGUCUGUCUCAGCUGACAGACAUGCUGCCACCUGCUGCCCCUGAGCCCGCCCGCCCCAGAACCCGCCACCAACAUCAAGUGAAACACUCCCAUGCCUUCCAGUUGUCAAACCCCCUCCCCGCCACAAGUCCUGACAUCCUACACCGAUCCUUCCCGUUCGGCCUACUCACAACAUGGAAUGCUCUACCCUCUGCCAUCCUGAACGCUCCCCCAUCCAAGGCAGCGCUGCAACGCUUCAAGUAG